AGACCAGGCUGCUCUGUGUGUGAGCUUUGUGACCAGCUUGUGGUGUGUUUUUCAAACACAAAACACUCUGCAUACUACUGCCACCAUACAGACCAGCUCUUCCAACAGAAACAAACUAAACACAAAAAGAGGUGGGUUAUUUGUAACUGUGGAUCAAGAAAUGUAGUAUUCCCAUCAAACAAGGUUUAUGUUGUUAACCCCUUAUGUAGCAACAGUGCUUUUUUGUUUGACCAGCCAGCUACACACAACUUGGACAGCUCUGGUGCAGGAUUUAUGAAAACAACUGGUGGGCGAAAUUUGUUUGUUCAGACCUUGGAUCAAGAAAUGUAUAGUGAUCUCUUCAACAAAGUUUAACUUGUUAACCCCUUGUGUUGCAACUGCAAGAUUGAUGUGUGACCUCACAGGUUACUACACCUACACUGCAAUUGACAUUGGAUUUCAUUAAUGUGUUUAUAAAUAAACAUUGCUCUGAACCCAUUAAGUGUGAUUUGUGACCAGUUAACCCAUUAUGGUGCACUAUAGAGCUGAGGUUUAUUUCUAAAUGUUGGAAGGAAAAAUCUGUUAACAUUUUCCACAUAUUAACCUCUUAAGGUGUGAAACAAUUCUAUAAAUAGCAUCAUCUUCAAGCUGUUAACCGACUGUGAUGUAGAGAUUUUAAUUGGGGUUUUUCUUUGACUUUUAACUUCUUAUUGUGCGCAUGAAUUAGUCUAAAAAAGACACUGCUGCCUAUGUUAAUGUUUUUGACUACAUAAAAGUAGUAUUUGUUUUUUGAAAUGUUAAACAUACUUUUACUAAUACUUAUUUUAAAAUAUUGUGAUUUAAAAAAAACCUCCAAAACAUUAACGUGAUCUUCAUGAAAACAAGGUGGAUGGAUUUAAUGUACAAUUUUCAUCACUACACUCAAAUGGAUAUGAAGAUUUUUAAUUCACACAGUUGGACAGUGGAGAAAUAAAUACCAAGGACCAUUUUUAUCUACAGUUAAGAUCACAAAGUUUGUUGCUGAUUCUUUCAACAUCUUGAUACUUCGAUUCAUUUUAAAAUUAGAUCAAAAUGAGUCUUAAACCCUAUGCAAUUAGAAACCGUUCAAGCAACUUCAGCAAGAUGGAAAAAAUGCUGGUAGCCAACCUGUGCAGGGAUAAUCCAGACAUUGAUGCAAAGGAAUAUGAUAAAUUCACACUUCAACGAAAGCACGAAGCGUGGGAAAAUGUCAUGGUUUUGUACAGAGAAGAAAUUUCCAAAAAAGACUUUAGCUUUCCUGAAAGAGAUAUCAAACAGCUACAGGGGUGCUGGAAGAGAAUCAAAGAUCAGAUACGACGUCGCAAUAAUAUGAAUAUCAAGACACAAAAUACAAGUGGAGAAGCGAAUGAAAGUUAUGAAAUCAUGACAAAUGGUUACCCAACCAUGGCCAGUGGUGAGCCAUUUUCUGUGACUGCAGACAUUUAUGAAAAUGAUGAGAGUGAAGAUGAAUCAAGUGCAGAUAACUCAAACUGUCAAAAUCAGAUAACUGUAGAUAAGUCGCCAGCAGAGAUUCAGCAGGAUCAUGUGUCGUUCAAUCCAUUAUUGAGGAUCAAAGAGGAGAUAAUUCCCCCUGAUGAAUCCACGUCUUGGAAAGGCAAUGAUAGUGCUAUCAGUUUCAUAAAUACUUCAGUAUCUGGUCAGUCACCACAGAUCACCCAUGUUCAAAAUGUUCAAACACUUCAGAGGACAACAUACCCAAUAAUCAAAAGAGGUGAGAAACGCAGUCUCCAAAAAGAUGAUGACCCCUAUGUUCAGAUGGCCAUGAAAGAACACCACGUAAAGAUGAAAAUCCUUCAACUCAAGGAAUGGAAGCUGCGUAAGGAAUGUCUGCAGGCAGGAAUAGGACUUCCACCAGACUAUGAGCCUCCUUAGUACUUAACACAGAACAAGAACCAGUUCAUUAAAUCUUACAUAGCAAAACAUUCAGGAUCAUCAUUCACUUAUUGUUGUUUGACUAAUUUGUGGUGUUUUAAGAAAUACUGCAUAUAUGUACCUGUACCUGAUCUCGAAGUAAAAAACAUUGAGGGGAGUGAUUAAUUGCUCCCAAUCUCUGAUUAUGAGGAGCUAUUUAUGAUAAUAUCAUAUAGCAGGAGCGUCAGAAACAAUUAAAAGUUGGUAUGGCCAUGAAAGUAAUGCAUAUGAUAAGAUCUCUACUAUGUGAGCACCAUAGGAAGAAAAAAAAAUGUUCCUGGCCCAAAAAGUGGUACUCCCCUGUAUAGAUACCAUAUAAAUUCACAUGUUAAAGGGAGCUAAAUAUUACUCUCCUUGAUCUAGUCUUAGGAGAGUGAUGGUGAGCGAGAGUGAUGGUGAGCGAGAUAGCCCCCCCCCCCCCCGCCCUUAAAUGCCGAGGUCUGAUGUACAUUCAACUGAUCAAUGCAUAAGCUUGAAUGUUUUUAACAGAAUCAACAGAGGGUUACUCAUGACCAUGCAUAAGGUUCAUAGCAUUAGACAUUCUUUCUGUCCCUACAUGUUUUUGUCCAGCCAUUUGUGUAGUUGUGUUGGUAUCAGGUGCUCCUACUGGCUGUAGCUAGUGGGAAUUUCCCUUUUAGCUCAAUUGCUGGACUUUCAUACUGAGGGUCCAUGUUUCAAAUUACCUCAAUGGAGAUUGAUUUAUCUUUUACAUGUGAAUGCAUAUUUUUAACACAUCAUUUUACCUACCUGUCUCUGUCAUACUAGACGUAGAAUCAUACAAAAACAAUUCCUGAAGCUAGAGCAGUGGGUAAGAUUGCCAUGGUCCCACAUUCCUUAUAAUGCACCCCCCAUUCCCAUUUCAAUUUUGGUAUCUAUUUUGCCUCUAUUUCAACAACAGUUUUAUGAAUGGAAUGUGCUGUCCUGUUUUAUUAAGUCCACAUUAAACAAAUAAUAAUAAUAACUUUCUGCUAUUUAAAAAAAACAAUUAGUAGUUUUAUUUAAUCAUGGUAUACAAAUUUUGUAGACAUAUUCUCAUCAUAAUAAGAUUUAAAAAAAAAUUAUAAACAUCUUUAUAAGUGCCUUAAUAACAUUAGUAUUUUCCUUAAAAUGCUUAUGCUAGUUAUGGUAUUUCAAAUAUUUGCAUUGCAUCUGAACUGCUUUGAUCAAUUUGAUACAGUUUAUCAUUCUUUGCAUAAUUGAUGAUAAAUGUAUUAAUAAUUUCCACUAAAAUGUCACCGACAGGGAAAAUGAUAGAUAUUGAUGAUGACAAUUUGAGACAUGUAAUAUUAAAAGCCAACUAUACUGUUUAAGAAGCUACCUGUAAAUAUACUGGCUGAAAGAAAUAAAGGAUCACACAAAGAGAGACUGCAACCAAAACUCUCAGUCCACAGUGUCAGGAAGUUGACUGUGUUACUACCCGGUGUAACAGCCCAAAAUAUACCCACACCAAACUAUACCCAGGGUUAAAGUGGGCUAGCCUGUUUUUUACCCCUAACCCUCAUUUUUUUAUUACUAACCUGUAUACAAAAUAAAUAAAUAAAUAAUAUAAUAAACACUUUAAAAGAAAAGCAACUAGUGCUUUCAUAAAAAUAAAACUAUCACAGAUUAGUCAUGUUAGAAGAUAUUUUGAUAUUCUAUCCCAAAAUAUAUAAAUUAUGGAAAAAACAACUCUGGACAUUGAAAUACAGACUAGAGAGAUCUAUUCUGGGCAAGCCUGUUUUAUACCCCGGGGUAUAUUCUGGGCUAAUCCAAUUUAUACCCCGGGUAUAGUUUGGUGGAGGGUAUAUUUUGGGCUAUUAUUAUCUGCAACUAGUUAAUUUGACACUACUGAUGUUCAAUCUCACUUUACAACUUUGUAUGAAAAUCAGACAUUAUAUUGUAGACUUUGUAAAUUGAGAGGGGGGGGGGGGCAUAGCCCUGUGGUAAAGUGCUCGCCUGACGCACGGUCAAUCUUGGAUCGAUCCCCAUCAGUGGACCUAUUGGGCCAUUUCUCAUUCCAGCCAGUACCAUG